UUAAUAUUUUUCUUAAUUUUUCCCCUUUCCCCUGCGUGUGUGUGUGGGAACUUUCCCCCCUCCCCCUGCCCCCUCCGCCGUAUAUGUGACCAUGGCCGUACCGGCUGCUUUGAUCCCUCCGACCCAGCUGGUCCCCCCUCAGCCUCCGGUCUCAACUUCUGCCGCCUGCACCACCACCACCACCACCUCGUCGUCGGCCACCUCGUCGUCGGCCACCUCCUCUCCGUCUCCGUCCAUCGCUCCCCCGCCGGCCGCUUCGGGGACAAACCUAUUCCGGCCGGAGCCCAUCGCAGCGGCGGCAGCGGCGGCGGCGGCCACAGUCACCUCCACCACCAGCGGCGGCGGCGGUAACGGCAGCGGCGGCGGCAGCGGCGGCGGCAGCCCCAGCCUGGGCACCGGCGGCGGCGGCAGCAGCAGCGGCGGCGGCAGCAGCGGCGGCACCUCCACUCCCAAUGCCAGCGCGGCCAGCGCGGCCGGCAGCCUGCCCGGCAAGCCCGUGUACUCGACCCCGUCCCCGGUGGAGAACACCCCCCAGAAUAACGAGUGCAAGAUGGUGGAUCUGAGGGGGGCCAAAGUGGCCUCCUUCACCGUGGAGGGCUGCGAGCUCAUCUGCCUGCCCCAGGCUUUCGACCUCUUCCUGAAGCACUUGGUGGGGGGCUUGCAUACGGUCUACACCAAGCUGAAGCGGCUCGAGAUCACGCCCGUGGUCUGCAACGUGGAGCAGGUCCGCAUCCUGAGGGGGCUGGGGGCCAUCCAGCCCGGGGUCAACCGCUGCAAACUCAUCUCCAGGAAGGAUUUCGAGACCCUCUACAACGACUGCACCAACGCCAGUUCUAGACCUGGAAGGCCUCCUAAGAGGACUCAAAGUGUCACCUCCCCAGAGAAUUCUCAUAUCAUGCCACAUUCUGUCCCAGGCCUAAUGUCUCCUGGAAUCAUCCCGCCAACAGGUCUGACAGCAGCAGCUGCAGCAGCAGCAGCUGCCACCAAUGCUGCCAUAGCAGAAGCAAUGAAAGUGAAAAAAAUCAAAUUGGAAGCUAUGUCCAACUAUCAUGCAAAUAAUAACCAGCAUGGAGCAGACUCUGAAAAUGGAGAUCUGAAUUCAAGUGUUGGGUUGGAGCUUCCUUUUAUGAUGAUGCCCCACCCGCUGAUUCCCGUGAGCCUACCUCCAGCCUCUGUCACGAUGGCAAUGAGCCAGAUGAACCACCUCAGCACCAUCGCCAACAUGGCAGCAGCAGCACAAGUGCAGAGCCCUCCGUCCAGAGUGGAGACAUCUGUUAUUAAGGAACGUGUUCCAGACAGCCCUUCUCCUGCUCCUUCUCUUGAAGAGGGCAGAAGACCUGGCAGCCAUCCAUCCUCUCAUCGAAGCAGCAGCGUGUCCAGCUCUCCUGCACGGACUGAGAGUUCUUCAGACAGAAUCCCAGCUGUCCAUCAGAACGGGCUAUCUAUGAACCAAAUGCUGAUGGGUUUGUCACCUAAUGUCCUGCCUGGACCUAAGGAGGGUGAUCUAGCUGGUCAUGAUGUGGGACAUGAGACAAAAAGAAUACACAUUGAGAAAGAUGAGACCCCGCUCUCCACACCAACCGCAAGAGACAGCCUUGACAAACUUUCUCUAACUGGGCAUGGGCAGCCACUACCUCCAGGUUUUCCAUCUCCUUUUCUAUUCCCUGAUGGAUUGUCCUCCAUAGAGACCCUUCUGACUAACAUCCAGGGUCUACUAAAGGUUGCUAUAGACAAUGCCAGAGCUCAAGAGAAACAAGUCCAACUGGAAAAAACAGAGCUGAAGAUGGAACUCUUCAGGGAACGAGAACUGAGGGAAACACUUGAAAAACAGUUGGCUGUGGAGCAGAAGAACAGAGCAAUAAUUCAGAAAAGGCUAAAGAAGGAAAAGAAGGCAAAGAGGAAAUUGCAGGAAGCACUUGAAUUUGAGACUAAACGACGAGAGCAAGCAGAGCAAACACUGAAACAGGCAGCUUCAACAGAUAGUCUCAGGGUCCUAAAUGACUCUUUGACCCCAGAGAUAGAAGCUGACCGCAGUGGGGGCAGAACAGAUGCUGAAAGGACAAUACAAGAUGGAAGACUUUAUUUGAAAACUACUGUCAUGUAUUGAAUUUUUCCUGCUGAAAAUACGUGUGCUACGGUAAAGAACAUUGCAGUAAGACAUUGGCUCAUAAGGAGUUCUGUGGAAACAAAACGUUUUCAAACCAACUUCCUCAACUUCAUUUAUCAAUGUUCUUCAAAAAUGUAAAGAAUUCUGCAAGAGUGUCCUCCUUUGGUUAUGUCCUGUGGCCCAACCUGGAGAUCUAGAGAAUGUUUGUAAAUGUACAGUAGCACUGUUCUCACAGCGAAAAUCUGCAUCUCUGCGCCGGACUAUUGUAUCCAAAAUUACAGGCGGUCAGAACAAGGCUGAGUAUUCCCUUUUUCAAGGAAUGCAGACUCUCUCCUCUUCUGAUGAUUCUAUAUUUGAGCACAUCCAAUGAUCCUUCCAGCGGUGUCCAAGUACACUUACAGACUGUUAUACCAUACCGAAACCAGCAAGACAGCUCAGAGAUGAACUUGUAGAGGGCCUAAGAGGAUUCUUAUUUAAAAAAGAAAGGAAAAAAAAAAGGUAAAAAAAAAAAUUGAUACAUUCAGUUUUCAAACUAUGAUCGUGAGUUUUCUUCUAAAGACAUUUUUUCCACAUGCUUUCCAAGAGACCAACACAUAUAUGUUAGACUACAUUAAGUGAAAUGGAAUUUUGUGUAAGUGAAAAGAAAUGCUGAAUGUAAACAAACUGUUUUACCAUUCACAAAGUCUCUUUUCAUAAAAUAAAAUUUAAAAAAAUAAUAAUAAUAAUUUCUCAUUGUAAACUGGCAGGGGUUUAUGAAAUAAAAGACUUUGCUUCUUAUCAAAAUGUUGGUCACAUGUACAGUAUAUAACACAAAUCACACAAGGAAGGUAUUAUGUAUGCAGUAGAAAUCUAGAGUUUAGGAAAUGAAACUUUUAGAUAAUAUUGUUUUGUCACCCUGUUGGUCAGAAAGACACCUUUCUAGUUUUAACGCAUGCAGGCAUGUAAAUAUUUGUCCUGGAGUCACAGUAUUACUGAAUGAGAUCUUAAGCAUCUGGUAACAAGUCAGAAUUCUGUAUCAGCCACUUUUAUUUGUAUAUUGAGCCCUAGUUAGUGCACUGACUGGUGCACUUCUAAGAGUGGACUGUGGCUGAGCAGCAAGUUAAAAUGCCAGAAAUAUUUUUAUAUGUUAAUGUCAUAUUACGUCAAUGUUGCUAAAAAAAAGAAAACCUAACAAACACUUGAUGUAUCAGUCCAAUUCCACGUAGAACUGAGUGAUACAGUUGAAGUCUAUUGUCCCUCCCACCUUGUCUUAGGGAUGGAUGGUUAUGUGUUACUUUCACUGUCUUUAUGAAAGCUACAAUAUGUGUUUUCACCUUUGUGCUGAUAACUGGAAGUAAGCUGCAAAACACUGCUUAUUACAUUACUAAAAAUUAUGUUCUUUGCUUUGCGUACUUUUGGGUUACCCCUUUAAAGACUGAUUUUGUGAAUCAGUGCUAUUACUGUAAGUUUUGUGAUUAUGCUUUCUUCAUCUAAUGUUUUAUGCAUAUAAAAUAUUAUUUAUUACAUGGAAACAUAUCAAAACCUUAAAUGUCUAAGAUGCCUAACUUAAAGCAAAUAUUUCUUUAAAAGUAGUUCUGAUUGGAUAUUAAUAUUAUUUGUCAAAAAAAAAUCUAAUGUUUUGUAAACUCUAGCACUGAGCUUCUAUAGUUUGUAGGUCUUCCUUGCAAUACUGGUACACAUUUAUUUUGUGCAGUUCGUAUUUACUCCACCACAAUCCUUUUUUAACAAUAGAAAGAUGUAUAUACAAGUUCACAUCACAGUAAUUUUUUUAAAGAAAUAUUGAGCAAUAUUUUUCAUUAAAUAUUGUUGUCUAAUACUUUGUAGCGAUGUUAUUUUCUAACCAUGAUUCUUUCAUUAUUAUCAUAGUUGCUUAAACACACAUGGGAUUCUGUACUCCAGUUUUUCAUAUGCAGUCUUUAAAGGGUUAACAACUGUAAAGUUAGAUGGACUUGUGGCAAGCUUUUGAUCAUUCAUAUCUGAAAGAGAAUUAAAAGCCUACAACUGAAAUAUGUACUAGCAUUUACCAUUGCUCUGCUCCUUGCAUAGAGUCACCUGUAAGUAGGUUUAGUAGUUUUACAGUAUAUUCUUUCAAGACCUUUGGGAAUGCCUCAGUGUUUGGCUUGGUACAUAAACAGAAGUGUUAAGGAUUAAAGGGGAACCAAUUUAUGAGCUGGACGUUUAGAAAGAAUCUUGCUCAAAAUAGUGUAAAUAUUACAGAACAUGAGAUGUUACCGUAACUUGCAGUUUUUUGCCCCUUUUUAGUUUUACAGGUUUUGGGUUGGUAUUUUGGUUUUGGUUUUUGAUUUGGAUUUUUUUUUUUUUUGCAUAGAUUAUGAAGAAAAGUUGUCCUCAUGUUAUUGUUUAUAUGCUUUUGUAAUCUUAAAGAUAUUAAUGUCUAGUUGUUCUAUAUUAUAACCACAUUUGCGCUCUAUGCAAGCCCUUGGAACAGAACAUACUCAUCUUCAUGUAGGACCUAUGAAAAUUGUCUAUUUUUAUCUAUAUAUUUAAAGUUUUCUAAAAAUGAAAAAAGGUUAUUACGAAUUUUGUUGUACAAAAUCUGUACAAAAAUCUGUUUUUACAUCAUAAUGCAAGAAUUGGAAAUUUUUCUAUGGUAGCCUAGUUAUUUGAGCCUGGUUUCAAUGUGAGAACCACGUUUACUGUUAUUGUAUUUAAUUUUCUUUUCUUUUCAACAAUCUGCUAAUAAAACUGUCUGAAAUCUC